AUGGGUGCACACAUCCCCAAGAGUGAGAAAUACUAUAAUCCGUAUAAUGGCGAUACCUAUACACUAGCGACUUGGAUCUACGACGUCGCGGUGUUCGUGUUCAACGUAAUCUUCACCAUUUUCUUCCGUGAAGUCAAGGUUCGUGGAAGUGACUAUAUGCCGCCCCAGGGCACGCCUACAAUUCUAGUGUGUGCUCCACAUGCCAACCAAUUUGUAGAUGCGUCACUGGUCAUGAGCCAAGUGAGAAAACUCAAGGGCAACCGCUCCAGACAAGCUUGCCUGGUGACCGCCGAGUCCAGUUACCGCAAGAGGUUUAUUUCGAUUUUUAGUAAAGCCACUGGUGGGAUUCCUGUGCCCCGGGCCCAGGACAACCUCAAGCCUGUGGAUCCAGCAAUUCAGAUUUACGUCCCAGAUUGGAAUGACCCCACCAUUAUUAAGGGCCGUGUUGUGGCAGUCGAUGGUGCUAAUGGCGUGAAAAGCCAUGAUGGACCCAACUUCAAAACAUCUUUCACCUCCAAGUCACUUUUAGGACUGCCCAACUAUCUUGGUAACGCUCAAAUCAAGGAAAUUGUGGAUGACGAAACCAUUCGUUUGAGCAAGCCUUUCAAAAGUUCACCAGAAAUACACGAAUUGCUCACGCAUGGCACUUCAUUCAAGUAUGCCCCCAAAAUUGAUAAUGCUGAAGUUUUUCAGAACGUGUUCAAUCAUCUCCACACCGGCGGUUGCGUAGGAAUUUUCCCAGAGGGCGGCUCCCAUGACAGACCAUCCCUUCUCCCAAUUAAGGCAGGUGUGGCAAUUAUGGCACUCGGCGCAGCAGCUGCGGAUCAUAAAAUAAAGGUUUCUGUGGUCCCAUGUGGUAUUAACUAUUUCCACCGUAACAAGUUCCGGUCUAGAGCAGUUUUGGAAUUUGGCGAACCUAUAGUAGUUGAUGGCGAAAUGGGUAGAAAAUAUGAAGAAAAUCCUCGUGAAACCACGUCUAAACUUCUGGACCAAAUCACACAAGCUCUUUAUGCAGUUACAGUAAAUGCUCCCGAUUAUGAUACGCUGAUGACCAUCCAAGCAGCUAGAAGACUGUAUCGCCCCGCAUACCCAGAAAAAGAUAGUCAACACUUACCUCUACCGCUCGUAGUAGAAAUGAAUAGAAGGUUGUUGAUUGGGUAUUCAAAGUAUAGAGACGAUCCACGCAUUCAAAAUUUGAAGCGAAUGGUACAAGAUUACAACUCAAGAUUAUAUUCUUUGGGCUUAAAAGACCAUCAAGUCAUGAGAUUAACUCCUAAUGGAGGUGUCUGGAAUUCUAUGUUAACCCUCUGUUCCCGUUUAGCUCAAAUUUACAUUUAUGCUUUACUGUCACUACCGGGAACUAUCCUCUUCACUCCUAUUUUCGUUACUUGCCACUAUUACUCCAAAAAGAAGGCCGAAGAAGGGCUCAGAAAGUCGGUUGUGAAGAUCAAAGGUGUCGAUUUACUUGCGACUUGGAAGCUGGUGGUCGCUUUGGUCAUGGCUCCAACCCUCUAUGUGACCUAUUCUUUGAUAUUAUGCUUUUUAACCCUUCACCAUCCCAAUUGGUUUAAGUUCAUGUGGAUACCGCACACAAAAUACUGUCAGUUCUUUGUUCUUUUUGUCUAUUUUUAUGCGUUGUUGGUAACUGCUACUUAUUCUAGUUUCAAAACCGGUGAAAUGGGCAUGGAUCUUUUCAAAUCGCUUCCACCUUUGGUUGUAUCUAUGGUGUAUCCACAGCGGAAACUCGAAGACCUACAAAAAAUGAGAAAAGACUUGAGUACAGAAGUUACUCAGGUUUGUAACGACCUCGGUCCUACAGUAUUCCCAGACUUUGGGAAAUUCAUCAAAACGCAAAAGAAAGUGGAGGAAAAUACGGAAGACGAAGAAGACACAGAUGACGAGUUUAAGCAUCCACGCAGUCGUUCCUCAUCCAUUCACUCAAUGGCAUCGCAGUUAUCCAACGCGUUGUCUAAAGUCAAUUCCGCCGGAUCUCUAUCUGACAUUCCUAUUCUGGCUGAAGGGGUUUUUGACGGACAAGACACGAUCGAAGUGGAUGAACAUAAGAACACUACUUCAAUCUCUGAUCUCGUAAGGCAGAAGAGAGAACUUGAAAAAAGUGAUUAA